AUGUAUACAAGUCUGGAGGUGGUGUUUCCAUCUCUUUCACCCUUCCCCAAAGAAUCUGCGCUCCAAGAGCCUGUGACCUUUGAGGAUAUAGCAUUGUACUUCACCCAGAGUCAGUGGGCCAUCCUGAACCUUGCACAAAAGGCUCUCUACAGGGAGGAGAUACAGAAGCAUUAUGCAAAUGUAGCUUCCCUGCAUAAGACUUCCCUUCUUCCCGCUAUUACCUGCCCUUCAAUUUUGGAGCAAGGGGAACUGCCUUGGGGCCUUGAUCCCUGUGAACCCGUGGACAGGGGGACCCUCAGAGCUGUUUCUCCAAGGGGUGAGACCAGAACUGAGAAGGGAGACUCAUCUCCAAAGCCACACAUUUCCAAAGAAGCAGAGUCCCAAAGAGUAGCAUCAGGAGAACUGCCAGGUACCCAACCUCCAGAUGUUGAGAGCAGCCUCGAGUUGCUGCAUGGCCACUUGAUAGUUAAAAAGACAAAGAGGAGAGAGUUCACAGGUAGGUCAAAUGAGCAUCAUGGGAUCGGUACUAUGAAGAGCAAGGAGAAGAGUGAGAAACUGAAAACAAAGGUAGUGUUGGCACAUAACUCAUUAUGAAUAAAAUGGUCAUAGUGGUCAGAUAUCUCUUGAUAUCAGAUAUCUCUUGAAUAUGGAAAAUGUGGCAGGUAUUUCAAUCGCAUGUCAGACUUCCCUCAACCAGAGAAGUCCUAUGAGUGCCAAGAAUGUGGAAAAGACUUUCGGUAGAACUCAAUACUUCUUCAACAUCAGGUAAUUCACACUGGAAAGAAACCACUUAAGUAUAAAGGAUGUGGGAAAGGUUUAAGUUCAGAUACAGCUUUAAUCCAGCAUCAGAGAAUCCACACUGGAGAAAAACCCUAUGAAGGUAAAAAUUGUGGCAAGGCCUUCAGUAGCAGCUCCAUGUUCCUUUCGUACCAGAGUUUCCAAACUGGGGAGAAACUGUCUAAAUGUGAUGAAUGUUGGAAGACAUUCAGUUGCAUUUCAAGCUUUAUUGUUCAUCAGUGAAUGCACACUGGGGAGAAGCCCUAUGAAUGCAAGGAAUGUGGGAAACACUUAAGUUCUAACACAGCCUUGACUCAACAUCAAAGAAUUCACACCGGGGAGAAGCCCUUUAAAUGUAAGGAGUGUGGGAAAAGUUUCAAUCAGAAAAUCACCCUUGUUCAGCACGACCGAGUUCACACUGGCAAGAAACCUUGUGAGUGUAAGGUGGGUGGGAAACUCUUCAGCUAGUGUAGAAGAUUCAUUUUGCACCAGAAACUAUAUACUCAGAAGAUUCGUGUCCAAUAG